AGCCCAGAUAUAGGAGUAGUGGGGAGUGGGACUUAUCUUCUUUGUUCCACAGGUUUCAUCAGCUUUGCCGUUGCCAAUAUCUCGGCAAUCACUAAAAGUUUAGAUUUUGCUCUUCCUCUUGUGAAGAAGUAAUCAAAUCAGAGAAGAGACAUGUGAGAUAUUGGUGGUGGUCUUGGCCUGAAAUCCCCACUUACAAUGGUGAAAAUAUCAUCCAGAGGUAUCCAGGCCACCAACAUGGUCUUCUCUUCCUGGGCCUUAUUCUUCUUGGCCAUAGGAAUCAUCAUGGGAGAAUGGGUUGAGCUGACAUUGGAAACAAAGAUCAAUACAAUAAGCCAUAGCCCCUGGAUAUGUUGCACUACUAUUUGGCCAGAAGAUGGCCUGGAAGUGGUCAGGACCAUAAUGAUUUUGGUUCUCAGCCUUUCCUUCAUCCAUAACUUGUUCCUGGGUUUGGAAUUUGCCUACCUGAUUCCUCAAACUAAACAUACGAUCUUCAUCACUGUCUUCCUCAGUUUCUUCACAGGUCUCCUUCUACUCUGCGCACUACUACUGUAUCAUCAAAAGCUAAGUCAAGGUAAAUUCGUGUACUACUCCAGUUACAAGAUCACCUGGAUCAUUUUCACUGCCUACUUAAAUGUUUCCCUCUUUGUGGCGUCUGGAUUCCUCUCUCUCCUACAAUACAAGCAGUCCAUCAAUAGCUUUGCCUGCCUGACCAUCAUCCGUACACCUAACAGAGAAAUUAAGGACAUACAGGAAUCUGGGAAUUCUGUCAAAGUUAUUUCCUCACCAGAACAGCUGGCGAUGCCUCGUAAGAUUAUUCAUACAAAGGAAGAUUUUCCAAACAGACCACAAAUCCAGACACGUCGUGUAACCUGGGCUGUAUGAUUUGAGAAUCUUUCAGUAUGUGCAUAUCUUAACAGAAACAAUGUUGUGUGGAUGUGCUAUAUGUCUUACAGCUCUCUUGUCUUUUUGGCAUUAUUUAAUGAAUGUGACUGGGUUAGGGUCUGUAAGAAGAUCCAGAAAGUGGCUUAAAAAAUUUCUUUUUUAGAUCCUGGCCUGCUGAAAAAUAGUUUCUUGUAUUUGUUCUCACCAUUUAAUAACAUUUGUUAUUCAUAUAAUAAAUAUUAUCAUAUAACUAA